CUCGUCCCCAUCCCCAUCCCCAUCUUCGCCAAUAGGCAUUAUAUCGCAUCUUUUUGAAAAGUGGGUGACAGACAUGUCCUGCUGCUAUUAAUUACUCUCUCGACCCGCCUUACUCUAUUCAGCCUCCGCCCGGCGAAGCUUGUCUGCCAACUUUCUGACGGCCCACGGGAGAGUACCUGUCAGACGGGCGACUGCGCAUACUGCUGCUGCUCUACUCACACUGCUCCCCCAUCACACUCUCGUAACACACAUACACCCCUACCACGCACCUUCGUUUUGCGCAUUUCUGUUCACCGCCGUGAGGAGCGUCUUUGAGCCUCCGCGUCGCUGCUCACCACGAGCGACUCCGCUAAACUGCUUCUCCGCGCCCUUACCACAACGAGCCCGAUCUUCGAGGAAUUCCCACUUUCGCGCAGCUGCGCCCGGUACCGCCUAGCUUGUGACAGCUUCCCGCGCGCGUCGAACAACUACACCCACGAAAAAACUACGAAACGACGCGACUUGGUCCACGACUUGCACGGACGAGCACGAAGCGGGUGUAAACAGUCGCAAUGUCGCAAUAUGGGAAAUUCCACAACUUCUGUCGUGAUAGUGGCAGUGGAUAUGCAACGAUUCCAGUGUGCAAUCUGUUCCUGGAGUCGCGAGCCAGGGGCGGCCGAGACCCAUACUUCGACGGAUGCCAGCUCACUGGUAUCUCGUUGAGCGGAGAUCGAUAUCUGGCCAACUUGGGCUCAAUACUGAUUGCAGCAAUCGCAAUCGCAACUUCAUGCUUCCUGCUAUGGCGGUCGGAGAGGAAGAAAGCUGCAGUUGGCAGAAGAGAGAUGCAAUUCUUCCUCCUCGGCUUCAUCAUCAUCAUGAUCUGCGAGAUAUUCACUGUCGGAGGCUUUCCUUUGGACGGAGGUGUCCGGAGGGCGUUCUCAGCAGUACAUAUUGCCGCGGUGGUGGCUACCACCUGGAUUCUCCUGAUGAAUGGGGCUGUAGGGUAUCAGCUGAUCGAUGAUGGCACACCACUGUCAUUGGCACUGAUCUUCGGAUCUGCUGCUGCUCUCUUCGUCGGCACUGGGUACAUUGCACUGGAUACUGCGUUCAGCUGGACCGGGUACUGGGACGACACGCUGUCGGCCCCGAACCAGGCAUAUGCGCUGUAUACUCUCUACCAAUUGAUCCCGCUAGUAUUCCUGGUCAUAUUCUUCAUCCUGGAAGCAGUGCUAGUACUGAAGGUUCUUGGCGAGGUUCGGCCAAUGUAUUGGCUGGUUGCUGCAACUCUUCUGUUUGCGAUCGGGCAGAUUUUCCAAUAUGCGAUCAGCGUGCACAUUUGCAAUGGCACGAACGGCAAGAUCAACGGCGGACUCUUCGAAACACUAUUCACUCUGCUCGGCGUCGUAACGAUAUGGAUAUUCUGGUCAAGCAUCACGGAGGACGAUUGGCCGAUGCCUGCUGGCGGUAGUACAUACACAUGAUAUUCGGUCUGAGGGUAAUGGGUGAUAGAUCACCACGUAAUGUGCGAACAGCGGAGGUACCGAUCGCGCCACGUGCAGUCCUUUGAACGGCACUGCUUUGGGUGCACUGAAAGAGCUCGUUGGAGCUUUUGCAUUCGCUGCAGGAAAUGGAAAAAGGGCGCGGGGCGCUGAGACGACUUCGACGAAGUAAUGUGUGCAUAGCAGCGAUAUGAGAUACUCCCCACGCGUUGGUUUAGGUAGGAAUUGCAAGUGUAAAAGGACUUUUU